UCCCACAAUUCCGCCCACAGCUAAGAUGGCGGCGGGAGUCAAGGGCUGCGUGGGACGCCUUCUCCGGGUGCCCCGGGGCUGGUAUUGCAGCCCUUUCCGAGUUCACUCGACUGCCUCCUUGUCCUCCGCGCACGUGCGCCAGAUGUUCCUCCAGUUCUUCCAGGAGCGGCACGGGCAUCAAGUCGUGCCCUCGGCUUCUGUGAGGCCGCGAGACGAUCCCGGGUUGCUGUUCGUGAACGCGGGGAUGAACCAGUUCAAACCCAUCUUCCUGGGCACAGCAGAUCCUCGAAGUGAGCUAAAACGUUACCACCGAGUUGUGAACACCCAAAAGUGUGUGCGGGCAGGUGGAAAACACAAUGAUUUGGAGGAUGUGGGUCGAGACGUUUAUCAUCAUACUUUCUUUGAAAUGCUGGGGAACUGGUCCUUUGGUGAUUAUUUCAAAGAGGAAGCGUGUAAGAUGGCAUGGGAGCUCCUGACACAAGUCUAUGAAAUUCCAAAGGACCAACUUUAUGUCACUUAUUUUGGAGGUGAUGCCUCACUUGGUCUAACUGCUGAUGAAGAGACUAGGGAUAUAUGGCUUACACUUGGUGUGCCCCCUAGCCGUGUUCUUCCUUUUCACCUGAAAGACAACUUCUGGGAGAUGGGUGACACUGGUCCCUGUGGGCCAUGCACAGAAAUCCAUUAUGAUCAUAUAGGUGGUGGAAGGAAUGUGGCAGCACUAGUGAAUCAGGGCAGCCCUGAUGUAGUGGAGAUCUGGAACCUCGUUUUCAUACAGUACAACAGAGAGGUCAGUGGGAGCUUGCGCCAUCUACCUCAGCAUCAUGUGGACACAGGAAUGGGCCUAGAAAGAUUGAUGACAAUUCUUCAGAACAAACGCUCCAAUUAUGACACUGACCUCUUCACCCCAAUCCUGGAUGCCAUUCAUAAGGGCUGCGGUGGACCUGGUUACCAGGGCUUGGUUGGUGAGACUGACCCAGGGGGAGUGAACAUGGCAUACAGAGUGGUGGCAGAUCACGUGCGCGCCUUGUCUGUGUGCAUUGCAGAUGGGGUUUUCCCAGGCAUGGCUGGUGCUGAGCUUGUUCUCCGUCAUAUCUUGCGCAGAGCUGUACGAUUUUCUUCUGAGGUUCUCCAUGCUCCACCUGGGUUCUUGGCCAGUUUGGUUCCUGUUGUGGUAGAAAUUCUGGGAGAUGCUUAUCCAGAACUAAGGAAGGAUCCAGACAAG